UAAAAAUGGCGGCGGAGGUGGAGGGGCAGUUUGCAGGAGUGGAGGUGGUUCUCCAGCAAGAAGAGACGAGAGCAUUUGCAGACGGUCGCGAGCUGGGCCCGGGCCUACUCAGCGUUGAAGAAAGUAGCCUUAGCUGGAGAAGCAGCGACGGAUCAGAGAACCUGGAACUGGAGUAUCCAAACAUUGCCAUUCACGCAAUCAGCCGUGAUACGUCGGUCUUCCCUCACCACUGUGUCUAUAUUCAGUACCUUCGUCAACCCGGCGAUGCUGAAGAGGGGGGAGAGGGGGAAGGAGAGGAAGAGGAGCAGGGGGAAGUGAUAGAGUACAGACUGGUACCGCCAUCCUCCGACAACCUGGAGGAGAUAUACCGUGCCAUCACUCAAUGUCAGCUGCUCUAUCCGGACCCUGACCAAUCAGACUCUGACGAGGAGGGGCCGGAAAACGAGGAAGGGGAAGAAGAAGGAGUCGGUGACGUGAUAGAUCUAGAGGGAGGGGAAUUUUUCACGUCCUCCGAGGGAUUUGACCACCUCUCACCUCACGGUCUCACGACUCUGUCUCAUCUCGAGAGAAUCUUGCAAAUACAAUCUCCUGCCGAGUUUGAAGCUACCAUAUCCAAUACCAAUGGUACAUCUCAGGAGGAAACGCCUGAACAGUUCAAAGAUACCGAUUAAAUAAACUUUCAACACCCUCCUUAUCCCAAUAACCAAUAUUACUCUUUGUGUCCAUGUUCUUCAAAAGAAAACUUCACAUAAAAUAUCAUUUCGCUGUACAUUUUGGGUGCAGAGCCCCAGUAAUAAAUAGCCUAGCUACAGCUGUAAGAUAC